AAUGCCGGUGGCCCUUCCAGUCGCGUUACUACCCAGAGAUUCAUCCGUACCAGAGACGGAGGUAGAGAGGAGGGGAGAGGGAGGAGGGGACACACCACACACACACCACACACACACACACACACACACACACACACACACACACACACGGGGGGUGGGGAGACAGAGAGAGAGACUGCCUCCAGCUGCUCACGCUGGAGAAAGGGAGUGACCCAAGGGGCCGCGAGUGAAGGGGCAGGAUGGCUUAGGCACCUCUGCCCAAAGGACCCCACGACAGGGAGAGGUUCCUGCUACAGCUCCUCCGUGGGGUCAUGGCAGGGGCUGGGGAGUCCCCCCGAAAUCCCUGAGCGCCCCCAGCACUGCCGCUAAGGGACACCCCAGAAGUUAGCCCCAGUGGGACUCGGCAGCUCCGAUCUCAACAACAUCCCAGCUAUGGCUGGGGAUUCUAGGAAUGCCAUGAACCAGGGCAUGGAGAUUGGAGUUACUCCCUGGGACCCCAAGAAGAUUCCCAAACAGGCCCGCGAUUACGUCCCCAUUACCACAGACCGCACGCGCCUGCUGGCCGAGGGCAAGAAGCCGCGCCAGCGCUACAUGGAGAAGAGCGGCAAGUGCAACGUGCACCACGGCAACGUCCAGGAGACCUACCGGUACCUGAGCGACCUUUUCACCACCCUGGUGGACCUCAAGUGGCGCUUCAACCUGCUCGUCUUCACCAUGGUUUACACUGUCACCUGGCUGUUCUUCGGCUUCAUUUGGUGGCUCAUCGCUUAUAUCCGGGGUGACCUGGACCACGUUGGCGACCGAGAGUGGAUUCCUUGCGUUGAAAACCUCAGUGGCUUCGUGUCCGCUUUCCUGUUCUCCAUUGAGACCGAAACGACCAUUGGGUACGGCUUCCGAGUCAUCACAGAGAAGUGUCCAGAGGGGAUCAUACUCCUGUUGGUCCAGGCCAUCCUGGGCUCCAUCGUCAAUGCCUUCAUGGUGGGGUGCAUGUUCGUCAAGAUCAGCCAGCCCAAGAAGAGAGCAGAGACCCUCAUGUUUUCCAACAACGCGGUCAUCUCCAUGCGGGAUGAGAAGCUGUGCCUCAUGUUCCGGGUGGGCGACCUCCGCAACUCCCACAUCGUGGAGGCCUCCAUCCGCGCCAAGCUCAUCAAGUCCCGGCAGACCAAAGAGGGGGAGUUCAUCCCCCUGAACCAAACCGACAUCAACGUGGGCUUCGACACGGGCGACGACCGCCUCUUCCUGGUGUCUCCCCUCAUCAUCUCCCACGAGAUCAACGAGAAGAGCCCUUUCUGGGAGAUGUCUCAGGCUCAGCUACAUCAGGAGGAGUUCGAAGUCGUGGUCAUUCUAGAAGGGAUGGUGGAAGCCACAGGGAUGACCUGCCAAGCCCGGAGCUCCUACAUGGAUACAGAGGUGCUCUGGGGCCACCGAUUCACACCAGUCCUCACCUUGGAAAAGGGCUUCUAUGAGGUGGACUACAACACCUUCCACGACACCUAUGAGACCAACACACCCAGCUGCUGUGCCAAGGAGCUGGCCGAAAUGAAGCGGGAAGGCCGGCUCCUCCAGUACCUCCCCAGCCCCCCACUGCUGGGGGGCUAUGCUGAGGCAGAGGUGGAUGCAGAGGCUGAGCAGAAUGAGGAAGAUGAGCCCAAGAGGCUGGGUGGGUCCAGGGAGGCCAGGGGCUCAGUGUGAGAGCUGCAGUCUCCCUAAGACCUCAUGUCACUGGCUUCAGUGAGCACAGACACUGCAGAGCCUGGGGGCAGAGGAGGGGAAUAGUUGAGUGUGCUUUUUGGGGGCUCAGAGGCCAUCAAGGCUGUGGGGAGGAACCAUGUAGUCAGCCCUCACAGCUCCCAGCACAGGGCCUCCCUGAGCCAGUGGCAUCCUGUCUGGGCCCCCCAUGGCAGUGCCGCCUCCUGAGGUUGCUGGCUAAAGCCAGGCCAGGAUGAGUUUCCUCAUGGUGAAUGUUGCAGGGUGGUGUCUGUUCUCUCUCUGCCCUGGGUCACUUCCUUUUUUGAGUCUCACAUAGCACUCCAGCAACUGACACCGAGAGAAGGCUGUCACCUUGUCCCCUCAUUCCUUCCACCCUGAGGCUUGCUGUGGAUCCAGAGAGGAGCCUUGCCUGAUGGAAGCUCAAACCUCCAGUCUGGGAUGAGUUCACAGAGCCCUCAUGGGUUAAGGUCCAUCUAUGUCACGUAGGCAAUUCCUUUUAAAUCAGAUACCGACGACCCAUGACUGCGAGCUAAAGAGCAUACAGCCCUUGGUGUUCUCUGCUAUCUGCCAAGUAUGUGUGUUUUUCCUCUGCUGUGUUCUGUGUGUUCAAUGUAGCCUAUUGAAGAUUCUAUCUCAUUAGAGUGACUCUUAGAAGGUGGCCUGGGACUAGACAGCCCCUCUGAGCACAUGCAUAGUGGCAUCAGCAGCUUCCUGCCAUACUCCCAAUCACACUGUACCCUGCACCUCCCACCAAAGGGGAACCCCAGCAGCUGGAGUUUUUCUAGUGCUUUUUGGCCCAAGAAUCUCAGAGAGUUUCUAAUCAUCACAGUAGUUUUUUUUGUUGUUGUUUGUUUUUUGUUUUGUUUUGUUUUGUUUUACAAUCUCCGCGAACCUGUGGUGUGACCUGGGGAGAGAGCUGAGUGUCAGGGGGCACAAUGAGCUAGGUGGCUGUGAAACAGGGAGCAUUUUAAAAUCAGCAUCUGUCCCCAGUUGUGGCCGAGACACCCUGACCUCAAGGCUCAGCCCUUUUGCCAUCAAGGCAGAUGAUGGGAUGUAAAUCAAAAGCAACAGGUGAUUGCAGUGGCAGCUUCACCAUCAAGCCCAGCCUGGACCAAACUCCCAGCCUCGUGCUGAAAAGCCCCAGGGCCUCCCUCUGCAGGCAGGGUUACAACCGGGAGGGCGGGGUAGAGAGGGCAGGGAGGAUGCCCUGGGGAAGGCAACGGGAGUGGCUGCCCCUCCACCCCCAGGCUGGAAACAAGAGGGCAAGGGGGCUCAGCAGGAGGCUUGGGGGAUAGACUGAGUAUUAGGAGGAAAAACGUAGAGAAGAGUCUGAAAAUCAGCAACUUCAAUGGCUUUUCUGAUCUGGAGGUCCAGGAAGAGCGAGGGUGGAAGCAGGCAGAUUGUCAGGUACUGAAACAGGCUGGUCUGACUUGGAGAGAGAGUGCCCAUGUUCCCAGACCACAGAAGUAUGAAGGCCUCACCCACAGUCUCUAAAGCUCUCAAAUGGCCUUUGAGAAUGGAAGUCUUUCCCUGCCCUGGACAUGUCGCUCCUCCCUGGAAGAGGAGCAGAGCCAUAGAGAAGUAGGAAGUUGAGACAGCAAAGGGAAGGCUUCAGAGCUCAGGCCAGGCUCAUCUCAGGCGGGUUUUCUGGAAGGAAGAGGAGGGGGGCAGCCUGGGACAGUGACUGCCUCUGUGGGCUGCUCACUCCCAGGGAGGGUCUCUGUGGGCUUCGCUCCUGGGCUGGAUUUUGAGAGGUGGGCAGGGUGCCAUGGCCAUGUGAGGUAUUCCCACCAGUGGCAGGGCAUGGGGUCGUGGUCCCAGGUAUCCUUCAGGGGGAAGCAGGACUUGGAGGGAAUGGGGAAUGGGCUGGCACGCCACUCAAGGAAAGAGGAAGCAGACAGUGCCCCAGCAGGGGAGCUGUGUGUCCCCAGGAGUCUCGGACAGGGAGCCCUUCACUAAGGCUGGGUGCCUUUCAGAGGAGCUACAGCUGGAACCUCCGGCUGGGCCCAGCACUCACCCAGGGUACCCCAGACCCCAGGGUUAUUAACAGGAAAAGCAUUCCACACCCCCUUGCGGGAUCUAAGUCUGUCUUUGGACCAGUCAGUCCCCCCAGGUUAGAGCCCAUGACGGGGUCAGCUAAGCAAGGGAGGGAAGGUGAAGGCGAAGGCAGCCUGGCACCUGGAUAUCAACCUGGCUCCUCCCCAUACCUGCCUUCAUUUAUGACUCUGAAACAUCCCCCACGUGACCAAGGGAGCCAUUGUCUCGUUCUCUCACUCCAUCAGGGCCCUCCAUGAGCCAGGACCAAGUCACACCUCUCAGCCACGUCUAGAAGCUCUGGGUAGAGGAGAGGAAGAAUGCAGAGGGUCCUAUGGCAAAGCUCCCUGCCUGGCUUGAGCCUGGGCAUACUGGCAGCAGUGCAGCCUGGCCCCAGUGUGCCUCCUCUGCCUUCUACCAAUUUAAAAGCAAGAAGACCCCCUUCACAUCCCGAGGAAAUCUCCUACUGGGUGACCAGUUGAUCCAAUGAAAGUUUGAAAAGUUCUUCCUUUUCUACAAGUUAUUGAUUAAACACAGACUUACUAAAUGCAAAGUCUGAUGAUGGACAGAGUUUCAAGGGGUCACUUUCAAAACAAUUAAUUUAUGUAGAGACAUGGUCUCACUCUGUCACCCAGGCUGGAGCGCAGUGGUACAACCUCUGCUUACUGCAACCUCUGUCACCUCCGAGGUUCAAGGGAUUCUCAUGCUUCAACCUUCCAAGAAGCUGAGAUUACAGGCGCGAGCCACUGCUCCCGGCCAUUUUCAAAACAUUGCUCCUGUAUACAAAUCACUCAAAAGCCACAGCCCUUGGUUCUGUGAUGGCUCUGAGCCCACGCCAUCACAUCUGAUGGACUCCAGAGAGCUGAGACCCGCUUUAAGAUGGGGUCGUGCACUCACUGGUCAUUUCCACAGUCUUCAGUAUCUCCAAAAUCCCAAAGUGAUAUUUCACUUUCAGACACUGAACGUUUGGAGAGCUGGUUUCUUGCCUUAAUUUAAGCCCUCUGAGAAUGUCCGCUGUAAGGGAGAAGCCUCCAGGAACUUAGAGAGAACUCGUUCCCACUGGUUUUCCUGCUCCACCAAUCUGACAUCUAACAGAUGCUGUCACCAGUGCUGGAAGGAUCGUGUCCCCAGGCCAGGGCAGAACGAGCACUGCCCGUGACUCUCCCCUUCAGACUCCACUCCCGCUGGCCUCCCGUGUAGUCAGGGAGCCCACUGCCCAUCACCUCCUACUGCUGCUUUGAGGUUGAGGUCCUGGCUUGAGCAAUUACCUUGCUGGAGGAGAGGACCCCCUGCUGUCUGGGGAGCAUCAUCAUUGCUCAUGAUCUGUAACAGUGGGGUGACCUUUUCACACCCCUUAUCUCAUGGCUUGCCUUCCAGCCCCCCUCAAUCCUGUGCCUCAUAUGAGGUGAGUCCCAGAGAAACUUAAAUUGCUUGUACUGAAGUUGCCAAAAAACAAACGUUGCCCAUUGUCUUUUGAGACGGUGCCCUGAAAACACCUCUGCCAAGCACCACUGAGCAUGUGUUAGGUGCCUGCCGUGGGUCAGACACUUGAUUCUCAAAACACUGCUGAGAAGCUCUUAGUAACCCCUUACCAAUGGGACAGUUGAGGCUUAGCGAGGUUUAUGAGCUUCCUAAGGCCACGGGUAGUAAUGUGAGGCAGGGUCUUGGUGCCCAGCGCCUCCCAAACAAACAGCAGGGGUCAUGAUCCUGCCCAAACUCUUGUGCCCAUGGCUCCUUGCUGGGCCUGGGCAACAGAGAUCAGAGGAGCCCUGGUCAGGGUGGCAUCGUGGGCUGUACUGUAGAGUCCCAGCUUCCACGCACAAUGUGCCCCUGUGGCGGGAAAAUUGGGAAACAACCUUUCUCUAGUUCCCAGAGAGCUAAUGAGCUGCAGAAAGAGAUUAGACAGCGAAGAAUUGCUUUCGGGGAGAAGCCACUUAUCGGCUCGCCUUGGUUUCUGCUAACAACGUCUCCUUAAACUGCUGUCAAAUCUUUUCCUCCCUGGGUAGGUUUCAUCAAUCUUCUUAUGAAAAAGAACACAACUGCAGCAUUAACAAUUCACUCAAUAAAAUGGACUUGACCUCGCA